AUGAGAGACAAUCAGAGCGUGCCUGACUCGUGUACAACAACAAAUAUGUUCGACAUGUCAAUUCAGGAGGUGAACGGGAAGGGUCCCAAGAAGAGGAAAAAGUCGUUAGAGCGUAUCUGUGAUAAUGAGGGGCGGGAGGAGCUGGUCGCGCGCGAGGCCGGGCCCGCGGCGGCGGCGGGCGCGCGCGGCGUGCGCCUGCUGCACUGGCGGGACAUGCCGCAGCACCUGCAGUUCAACCCCUACGUGCUCACCGGCUACCGGCCGCUGCAGAGCUGGGCCGGCUGCGUCGGCAGCCUCUUCUACUUCCACAACGAGACCAUUAAUAUACUUACGCACGGUGUAUCGCUAGUGUAUAUGAUAAUGGUGCUGCCAGGCCUGCUGCCGUGGGGUGGCGGCGGCUCCUGGUUCCUGUCGCUGUGCCAUCUACUGGGCGCGCUGGCGCCGUGGUGCGGCUCCUUCCUGUACCACCUGUUCAUGAACCACACGCGCGGCGAGGCCAUGUACCAUCGCCUGCUGCAGCUGGACAUGCUGGGCAUCUGGGUCAGCCAGAGUAUAGGCGCGAUCCCGAUGGUGACGGCGACGGUGUACUGUGCGCCCGCGCCGCUGCGAUACGCCGCGCUGGCCGUCUACUCCAUCGGCAGCAUCGUCGGGCUCUAUAAGGCGAUGCGCGCGUGGUCUCCCUGGGAGCGGCGGCUGUGCUUCGCGGCGCCGUUCUGCAUGCGGCUGCUGCUGGCCGGCGCACGCGCAGCGCGCCUCGGCGGCGGCGACCCGCACGCCAUUCUGCACGUCUUCCUACAGGAUGCGGUCUCGUUGGGAGGUGGCGUCAUCGGAGCCAUGCACAUCCCGGAGAAGUGGUUCCCAGGGACCGUGGACCGCUGCCUCAACUCGCAUAACAUUAUGCACGUGCUCGUGGUCCUGGCCGUGUACUCCAUGCACCAGGUGACGACCCGUGACCUGGCGUGGAUGUCGCGCGUAGAGUGCCACGCGCCGCUGCGCCACCUCUGACGCCCGCCGGGCCCUCCGUCGCGCCCACUCCUGCGCAGCCUCGCACUGCUGAUCUAGAUCCAACCCUGAAUAAGGCCCUCUUUCCCACUGGGCACUCUGGGUCACUCAGGGCCCAGUGGGAACGAAGAAAUGCGGUCUUUAUCUGCUCUCAUAAAAAUUAAACAGUCACUUGUGAAUACUAAAGUACGCAAUCGCUGAAGAGUUAUAUAUUUUUGCAAUUUCCCUUUUUUUAAGAUAAAGGUAUUUUAAUGGCCUGGAAGCCCUGAUUAAAGACAACCUUGAAUUAGCAGCAGCACAUUUCAAAACGUGAAAGAUUCAGAAAAAAAUGUUGAAUUUAGACCUUUGCAUUUCUGAAACUCGGAUCGAUUUACCAUUAAAGGAAGCCUUUCGUUGCUUGAGUUGAGUGAGUACCCAAACGAACUGAAAACAAAGACGUGGAGGUUCAAAAUUUGCUACAGUUUUGGGUUUAUGUUUGCUACGAAAAAAAAAAUACAUCCGUGCUUAUCAGCGCGACAUAGUAGACAGGUGGCACCAACUCAUGUGAUAAGCGCCUUUCCUUGUCACCUGUCUUCCGCCUACACUGAACGGAUCCCGUAUAUUUAAAGUAAAGUUUAUAAACUAAACCAUAGUGUAUUAAUAAACUAUAAUUCCCUAUUUACUUUGUUGCGGGUCUGAAUCUCCGAAGUCAACAUCGUGGAAUGGAAAAUAACACGAGAUUAAUGUAGGUCAAGCCAUUUUUAAUUUUGUAAACGUCCCAAAAUAAGUAACUCUUUUUGAAUUCCAAAAGUUACCUACAAGUUAUGGAUAAAAUAAAGAUAAAAACUUUACGCUGACAAAAAAUAAGGAAUGUAAUAUUGAUGAUUUAAGGUUCUUUUUAUUUGACUGACUAACACAUUUUGUUCUGUUUUGUCGUGUUAGUUAGUUAAAUAAAAAAACAUAAAUUAAUAAUAUUCAUAUAUGUAUACAUAUUUAACAUUCCUUAUUUUUUGUCAGCGUCAAGCAUUUUAUCUUUAUUUUGCACUAAUAUACGAUUUUUAUUUAUGUUCAAGACAUGUAGUGAAGUCAUUCUUGCAAUGAAUAAUUUAAAUUGUAUCAUAUAAUUUUAACCCUACUACGUUAGUUAUUACAAAACAUAAUUAUCCCAAGUUAUUUUCGUAUAUUAAUUACAAACAAUGCUAAAGGACAUAAAUAAUUAUUAUGUAACUAAGUAGGUUACUGGGUUAUGUAACUAGGUAGUUAUUAUCAAUACCUAAAUAUAAUAGUAUCGAAACAUUCCUUCAACAAAACAGGUAAUGUGAGGAUAUCUUUUAAUGGUUUAAUUAAAGAUUAAAAUGAUUGCAUGCAAGUAAGUACGACUGGAAACCGAGAAAAACGUAGAGUUAACUGGCCAAAAACAUAAUUUAAAAUCAAUCAACGCGAUGCCAGCUAAUUCUGGGUUGAACAUAAAGUCACAAUUCAAUUUUGGACGCUAGUGCAAACGUCUAACUUCGCACACUUACUCCUUUGGAAUGGGUAUUAUAUUUUAUUCAAUAAACGUGAUUAAAAGCAUCAUAAAGUAAAUUAAAAAAAAAGCAAGAUAACUACAUAGAGCAUCAUCAUACAAAAAUCUUAUUUGCGUUUGAGAAGAACAAAAAAUGUGUAGGUACCUAUUAAAUUCAUGUCGCCACUAAUACCAAUCCUUAACACACUUUUGCAAGUACUAAAAUAUGAUGUUAAUUUAUGUUACAAAGGUGCACUGCAUAAUGUGCAAAACCACCUUAUCCUUAAUAAUCAUAAUAAUCGUGUUAAAAUAAUACAAACUAGUGUUACUUUGAUAAUGACUAAUUACGCUAAUUAAUACAUAAUUUGUUUAUACCAACAACAUUAAUAAUCACACAGCAACGGUAUUGUUUAUCGCAUCGAAGGUAUCAUUAGGGCAAGUGUAGCCUUUACUAAAUAAAACUUAUCUUAAAGUGAUCGUAAUAUUCAAAUCCAUUAUACACCAAUUAACGUAACUUGAUAGGUUUAUGAUAACGUUUUAUAGCAUGGCUCAUCUUAAUAUAUCCGACACUCAAACUUCUAAACAAUAAAUCAGGUUGUUUAUAUAAAUUAGCGUUCAGAUAUAAAUAAAAACUAAGAUAAUUAGUAAUAAGUUUUCGAGUACAAUUAAAACCGAUCAUUUGAACGCGAAACGAAAUCUAAUGCUCUUCGUAGAUGUAUUGAAAUUAGGCAUAGCGUUAAAUAAUAUUGUUACUACAAACUUUAAUUAUAAAUCGUCCUACUUCGGUCUGUCCUUGUAGUUUAGAACACUCAUGUAUCCCUUGUGAAUAAGAUAAUUGCGAUUCGUAUAAUUAAUCACAGGUACUUACUAUUGUUAAAGCGUGGGCUGUGUGAGUCUAGACCCGAGGGCAACACAAUGUAAAAAGACACGUUUGCUCGACUAGUGAUAGCUCAUAGAAAAAUUAGCUUAUAUCUUUAUCGAUCUUAUUUUUACAUUCCAUACCAGGAUUUAGUCAAAUAUUUGAUAGAGUAAUCAUAUUUUAGCAUUUACUUGUUAGUGAUCAUCGUGCUUUAAAUCACAUAAUGUUAAUGCUUCAUCAUCUAAUAGUAAGUUAACGCUAGCUAAGAUUUUGGUUACAUUGAUUUUGUGCGGUUUGGUGUUAUUGAAAUGAACUUAUUCGUAGAAUAACGCAAUACAAUAGAACGUUAAAUAUAUCCACUUAGGGAAAUCAUAUUUGUCCGCACUCAUAUUAAGGUAAUCAUAAAAUAGUAUUAUGAUUAUUUAAAAGUCAAUUGGAGUUUUAAAACUGCGUAAAAUUUCGGCAAGUGGUGAGAUGCUUCUUGUAGAUGCGCUCACUCUCGCGAAGCUUGACGCUGAUGCCGUAGGCUUCUAAAAUUCUAAAAGCGUUUUAUCAAAGUUGUUUGAAAACCACCCAAGAAUGUUGAAUAAUUCAGAAAUGUGGCGCAGUCAUAACUACACGUGGCAACUGAAUCACUUAGUAUGAAUAAAUCAGAAAUAAACAUUCAUCGUGAGUAGUCUAAUCAGUCAAUCUACAAUGUCUUAUUGAGAUCUACGAUGAGUAAUUUAAAUGUUCUUCUGAUUUUGGUUUCUGGAUUAGUCGUGCGUAGUUCCUUAUUUGCCUGUUUGAUGUGUACUGUGUACUAAUUAGGAAACAUCGACGACCAAACAUUCGUUAUAUUUUUGUAUUAAAAUCAUGAAUGUUGUGCGCUUCCCGCUUCACGGCACUAAUGGACGUGCGCGAACGAACACGUAUCCCUCGUUACUCGCUCGAUAGUGUAUUACUCAAAGGAUUAGACUAACCGUAGUGUGAGUAGUUAGGUAGAUUACAAGCAAUAAAUAGAUGACAAUUGUUAAGAAAUUUGACAAAAGUAGUCGCGUAAACGUUCGAUCAGAGAAAAUUUUACACAAUCGUUGAAUUUUUAAAACAAAUCUUUUUGAUGGCUUUAAAUAUCUACUUUUGUCAAAGGUCUGUUGUUUUGAUUAAUGAUUUAUCGUGGAUGAAAUAGUUUUAGAUGAGUGGAAGUGUACUUGAGGUUUUUACUGGGCGAAGCGGUGCGGCGCUCUCUGCUCGCUCGCUCAGCGCGCUGACACGCGCCCUUCAUUCAUACGCGAUCUUCUAUUCUAAUCAACAGAAUUAUUUUCAUUUAUAUAUUUUUGGAAAAUAAAUGUUUUCGAAUAGUUACAACAACAUGUAUUUACAAUAGGAAAAAGUUUAUUUUUCUGUGUGAUUACAACUAAAGACGCUACCUAUAUUUCGAAAAGUCUCUGUACAAAAAUUAUUUAUAAUCUAGCAGUCAAAUUAGUUGGUUGAUAAAGUUCUUCUAUUUUAUUAUAACUAUUAAUUGUGACUUGCCUAAUGUUCGUUAUUUACACGCUAAUAAAACGUAAUGAGAAUAAUUUUAUACGUACUCGAAUCUACUGAGGCGAGCGCGCUAUUUGAGGAUGCCUCUAAAUUAAGAUUUACGAUUAAAACGGAAAAAAACUUUUAAAAUUUAAUUAUAUUCUUAACGUAGUUAAGAUGUAAAAUAUUUUGCUUUCAUAUUUUGUUAUUUAAAGGCAUACAAUUGAAACAAACAAAGAAUACUAAUUUUACUUUUAUGCACGAUGGUUUUUAUAUUAAAUAAAAAUGUGUCUUUAUAAAAUUUCGCCCGAACUAUGUAAAAAAAUGGAUGCCAAAGAAAGAGUUCAAAUAAACCUAAACUACAUCAUAACCUAAUUUAUGUAUUGUGCAUAAAAAUACAUAGUACUUAAAUGCAUUUUCCUGAAAAACGUUUUGUUAAACAUUUCAAUAUCAUUCGUUCUAGUAGACGUACCUACUUUAGAAAAUUUCCAAUGCUAGCUUUACUUUUUCAUUUUUGCAAUGCAAUUUUAUCUACUAUACGAGUAUUAAAAUAAAUAACUUAGCCGUAAAGGCAGCGAAUGUAGAGUGAUAUUCAAAAGCAAUAUAACUAAGUUUUGUAUAACGUUGGUUUAACUUUUUUAAGGAACUAUUCCGUUACUGUUACUGCACUCUUGUACUACAUAGAGUACGAACCUUGAUCAUUCUCAAUCCGUAGACGUUGAAGAGAGUAUUAAAGUUUAAUUUGAAUUCAAA